GCUGAAAGCAGCACCAUCCAGGCGUCAGUGCUAUGAAUGCUCACCUCGCUGAAUUUUUGGGAAACAGUAUCCAAUGGCAGAUCAACGAUCCCUCCGUUCACCAUGUACUCAUUUAGCUCGGAUCUGCCGCCUCUGGAACCUCCCACGAUCAUGGCCCUCGGCGCCGACUCAGAUAUAGGAGGCUUAUCAACUUCAAACGCUACUUCCAUACCGACAGCUGCGUUCUACGACGAUCCCGGUCCAAGUUCGCCCCUGUCAUUCUCCUCAGAUCAGUAUGAGAACUCGGUGGCCGUUGCGACAGGCUCUCAUGGAGGAGGUAUCAGUCCAGGUCACAUCGGGUCUCCUUCUGCGGGACCUUCCAGACCUGCACUGAAGCGCGAUCCAAACUUGCCUCGAAUCACUGGAUCACACAUGUCCCAUGUCGCUCUUCAUGGAAACAUGUCACUGCGUCUGCCACCAUCACAAAUGGGCAAGAUACGGACAGGAUACGUCGGCAUGAGGAAUCAUUUCCGACCCACUAUUCUGGGAGGAGAAGAUGCUUGGGAUUUGAGACAGUAUACUCAUAUCAAGAUGCAGAUCGCCUAUCGUGGUUGGGAAGGAUGGAGAAAGAGAUGGUAUUGUAAUGUUCAGAUCGCAGGUCCGACCGGCCCAUCAAACAUCGAUGUAUACCAACUGCGGAUCGAGUUACCUCCUUCAUCAGCCUCCACUUCAUCUCGUGCACCCCUUGAUCCCUUUUCCGGUGUACCACCAAGAUGGACGACUCUUCAUCUCCCCUUGUCCUCCUUCGUUCUGACAAACAUGGGCAGCACCUCCCCUGUUCAAGUUGGUAUGGACACAGAAGGGGUGAGGUCUGUCGGCUUCUCCCUCCUGGGUGGAGGAAGAGACAAUCAAGGUUUACCACUGGGUCAACCUGGUCAAUAUCUUUCUCAGAAACAUCGAGAUCUGUCCCAAGUUGAAGACCUCGAUCCUGCUUUCAACGCAUCUCGAGCGAAACGUCGCAGGCAUCGAGAUGGGACUAUGGACCGCGAGAGGGGUGGCGAUGGUCAUCCUGGAGGGAUGGACAGGGUCUCAAUCACGCCGUUCAGUGAAGGAUAUUAUGAGCUCUGUGUGCGAUAUGUCCAGGCGGUACAGUACGAUCCAAUGACGGACGACAGGCCUUCAGAAUGGGAUGUUUGGGAGGAAGAACAGAGAUUGGCCAAAGAGAGGCAGUCCCCGUGGGAGUGACAAGGGUGCCAUGUAGCAGGUAGAGUGAAUGUAUGCAUGUCCAAAAAUGG